AUGAAGUAUCUUCAACCGUGCAUGCUUGCCUUCUUAGCGGCAUCUGCACAAGGGUUCACCAAUCCUUCAAGUUCCGUAAUUUCUGCCAGCUCUUCAUUGAAUAGCAACGUAUAUGGAUUGCCUGCUCGACGUGCAACGUCUGUGGCAAUGGAGACUUCAUCGGCCGACUUGCAGCAAUUUAAUGUCGUCCUAGAUAAAUUAGCAGAGCAGUGCAGUGACACAAAGAAGCCUGUAAUUUCAAAGGCCGCGGAAUGUGAAGAAAUCUGGAAGACUCAAAUCAUAGAAAAUGGAGAAGUUCUCCCCGACACAAUCAGUUUCAAUACAGUGCUAAAGGCCUGGAAUAGAUGCUGCAGCACACUUUCGGAAUGUCAACGAUUGAAACUCACAGUUCCGACCGAUUUCAAAUGUUCUGUGAAUGUUUUCACUCCAUUAGAUGCGGCCAGGCACGCCACCUCUCUUUUGCUGGAACAAAAGGAUCCGCCCGUUGACCUAGCCUCCUACAACAUUAUUAUUGACACGUGGGCAAAAAGCAGAGCACCUGAAGCACCAGAAGCAGCUGAGAGAGUGCUGAAGCUGAUGCUCGACAAUGACAACGUGGAAGCAGACACUUUUUCAUAUAACGGAGUCCUUGAUGCUUGGGCGAAUAGUGGUAGAGAAGAUGGGAUCGACAAGAUAGUCCAAAUAUAUCACCAUAUGGAGGGACUCCAAAAGCAAGGAAAGGACAUCCAACCGACAAUCCGAACCGUAAACGCUAUCUUAAAUGCUUAUGCAAAAGUAGUCUCAUCCUACUCCAGAGUCAGCCAUGCUCAAAAUAGGCGGACCGACAAGAUUGAGGACUAUUCAGAAGCAGCAUUUGAUCUGUUCGACAAGACAAAGAAGAAGGCUGAUGAGAUAGGAGAUUCCGCUUGGUUGCCAGAUGUAAUGACAUACACAAUUCUCAUGGAUAUUUGCUCCAAAUGUGGUACAUACAAAGCAACCCAGAAGGCGGAGGAGUUACUGAAGGAGCUAAAGGAGAAAUUCGCAAAGACCAAACAAAACAAUCUGAAGCCAAACUUUCGAACGUAUACAGCACUCUUGACAGCCUGGUCUCGAACCCGCUCUGAUGAGUCACCUACAAGAGUCGAAGAGCUUCUUGAUGAGAUGAAAUCAAACCCCGCGGCACAGCCAAAUGCACGAACUUAUACAUCUGCGAUUCAGUGUUGGGGAAAAUCUCAAGAUAGCCAAAAAGCAAAACGGGUUUUGAAGCUACUGCUUGAUAUGAAAAACAGCCAAAAGAGUGAUGCACGACCGACAAUAAUGACAUACAAUGCAGCUAUUGACGCUUGUGCCAAGUGUGUGGGGUCGAGAGAAGAGCAAACAGAAGCCUUGAAGAUAUCCUUUGCGAUUCUCAAGUCCGCGGAGGCUGACGAUGCCGUGGAAGUAAACUCUAUGACUUACUCAAUGGUAUUGCACGCUGUUACCAAGCUAUUACCCGCAGGCCCUGAAUGCAGUCAAGUGGCAUCCGCGUUGUUCGAAAAGGCCAAGAAAAAUGGUUUUGUUGAUCAAUCUGUGAUGCGCAAUGUUCGAUCUUGUGUGGGGCCACAAAAAAUGGAGACAAUUUGCGAGGGGUAUGCCACUUCGAGUGGGCAUUACGACUUUGAUAGCUUUCCUAAUUCAUGGAAGAGAAACACAAGGUAG